AUGGCGGUGAGGGACGUGUUUGUGGUACAUCAGUACUGGGUAUUUCUGAAGCAGCGUUAUAAUAGAAUGUUUGGCUGGAGACUUGGCAGACUUCCGUUUCGAUACAUUACGGGAGGCAUCCUGGGAGCGCGCGAUAACGUUGAAUUCGUUCAUGCGCUCCCGUUAGAUUGUGUUGAUGCUUGCGUGCAGUACGGCAGUGGCGCUCCGGUCACGUUUCUCGAUUUGGGUGAGACGCUGCCCGAUAAACGAGACCUGCAGCCCCAGCAGCACAUCUUUAUGGAUGUCCAUGCAUGGUUUGGAACGGAACUGUGGCAUGCCAUAUAUCGUCAACACGCCUGA